UUUUUGAUCCAUAGAUGCCUCAAAACGAGCAUAUUGAAGAACACAUCAAACGACAUGGUCGUCGUUUCGAUCAUGAAGAACGAAAACGUAAGAGGGAAGCACGUAUGGCACACAAGAACUCUCAAUUCGCACAAAAGGUUCAUGGAUUGCGGGCCAAACUUCACAACAAGAAACGACAUGCGGAAAAGAUUCAAAUGAAGAAAGCCAUCAAGCAACACGAAGAAAAGAAUGCCAAGCAAAAAUCGGCAGAUGCUAUUCCUGAAGGAGCCGUACCUACUUAUCUAUUGGAUCGUGAAGGAGAAGAUCGUGCCAAGGUAUUAUCCAAUAUGGUUAAGCAAAAGCGUAAGGAAAAGGCUGGUAAAUGGGCAGUACCUCUCCCAGCUGUACGUGGUAUGGCCGAAGAUGAAAUGUUCAAGGUGGUGAAAAGCGGAAAAAGCAAAACCAAGUCAUGGAAACGUAUGGUCACUAAAGCUACCUUUGUUGGUGAUGGAUUCACUCGAAAACCUCCAAAAUACGAACGAUUCAUUCGACCUAUGGGUUUACGAUUCAAAAAGGCUCAUGUUACUCAUCCUGAACUCAAAGCUACUUUCCAAUUACCCAUUAUUGGUGUUAAGAAAAAUCCUCAAUCUCCUCUGUAUACUCAACUUGGUGUUAUUACAAAAGGUACUGUCUUGGAAGUCAAUGUAUCUGAAUUGGGUUUGGUCACAACUGGUGGUAAGGUUGUUUGGGGGAAAUAUGCUCAAGUUACAAACAAUCCUGAAAAUGAUGGGUGUAUCAAUGCUGUAUUAUUAGUAUAGUUUGUCCCUAUUUUUUUUACAUACAUACAUUUUUUUUUUAUCUAUUCCUUCUUCUUUUUUGUGUAUUAUUCUAUUCUUUCAUCAUCAUUAGUUGUCUUCUAUUCGUUACCCUCAUCAUCACCUCUUUUUUUUUAUUUAUUUAUUUAUUAUUGUUACAUACAUUAUCAUUUUAUUAUAGUUCAUCAUUCAAUACACUUUUAUUCAAUAAUAAAUGACAGAAUUGAAAAAUAAGAUGUUGCAAAAAU